GGAUCAGUGGUAGGCCUCCAGGAUGAAGAGUGGGCCAGUGUGGCAUACCAGGCUGAGAAAAUUCAUCUAUUUGCGCUUAUCCCUUUGUCUUUGGAUUAUGCUCUCUCGUCCACACAGUUCAGUGUCAUUCCCAGAGAGAGCAAGACUUGCGCCCAGCUGGCAACUGUUUUUGUCAAGAAUCUUAUCAGUUCAACCCAAAGCACGAGUUUUUAG